UUAUCACCAGUACAAAUAUGACAGUAAGCGUUACCUUUCACAUAACGUUUUCAAAUGUGGUGUUGUUUCGACGAGGUUGUGUUAUAGUAUUUAGACGAAAUGGCGGCCGGCAGGAAUCAAUAUCUGUGUUCUUUGAUACUAUCAAUGCCAAGCUUCCUGGCAUCUUUUGGGAUAGUAUGGCCGUCGUACGCUAUAGAAAUACUUGAAGGUGACCACACGCCGUUAUCUCAUAAGAUCAGUAAGCAAGAGGCAAAUUUUAUAGGGUCCUUUCCGAUGUUGGGAUCUUUUAUAGUAACACUCUUCAUUGGAUACGUAUCGGAUUGGAUUGGCAGAAAGCAUUCGCAGCUUUUGUGUGGUUUGUUCAUAUCUCUAGCAUGGGCUAUAAUAGCAACUGCGAAGACCUCAACCCAACUCCUGAUCGGUCGGUUCGUAUUUGGAUUUGGUUUCGGCAUUCAGUUUGUGGUAGCUCUCAUAUACACGGGAGAGAUGGCCCAUCCAUCAACCACUGGAUCUGCUACUUCUAUUCUUAUGUUCGCGUUCAGUAUUGGAUCUCUCAGCUCGUACUUGGCCGGUUGGUUUUGCAGUUACGAGGCCAUCUGCUAUUUUAAUCUCUCUUUGGGAGUUGUGUUUGUGGUAGCUAUAAGUUUUAUGAAGGAGACACCGGCGUUCCUCAUAGGAAAGGGGAAGGAUAAGGAAGCAUUAAAAUCGCUUAAAUUUUAUCGCGCUGCGUCCACAAACACCGAAGAUAUUUUGGAGGAGUACAAUUAUAUAAAGAGCCAACGAACUGGCAUUAAGGUUGAAAAAUUGGAAAAAUCACAAAUAUCAGCCGAAAAUGAAAAGUUAAAUCAAGAAGAUCUCAAUAAAGAUGAAAAGGCGACAAGUGCUUGGAAAAUACUUUUAACAUCAAAACCCUUACAACGGGCGCUGGCAUUCCUGACCGUGGUAAUAUCGCUGACAAUAUGCAUGGGCAUGGUGGCCGUACAAGCGUACGCAGGCCCGUUCUUCUCCAUGGCCGUGCCGAAUAUGUCGCCGCACUUAUGCUCCGUCGUACUCGCGAUCGUACUCGCCGUCUCAAGUGGAGUCGCCGCUGCCAUCACUGAUAUGUUUCGCAGACGGAGCCUGUUGAUCUCUUCGUUAUGUCUGUCAUCCUGUGCACUGGCGCUGCUCGGUAGCCAACUGCGAUGGGCAUGGGCGCCUAACUGGAUGAUGCCGAUUCUAGUCGUCUUCUACUGCAUCAGUUUCCAAAUUGGAGCUAACAACAUACCGCUGAUCCAACCUGCCGAAAUUUUUAGGCCAGAGAUAAGGGGCCUGGGCACGCAGCUACUGGUUAGUUUUUCUUGCAUUGCCAACUUCACAGUCUUGUUUCUGUACGGACCAGCUGUAAAUAAUCUGGGCCUUGAUUGCACAUUCUUUAUGUUUUCUUUAAUUGGGGUGUUCGUCACUAUCAUAGUAUAUUUCACGAUGAGAGAAACUAAGGGUGUACCCCUUGACAGAGUACAGGAAAUGUUUGAAAAUGGAUUUCUCUACCGGAAAAUUGAUAAAUAAUCAGUAACUGUACUGACAGUAAGUAUUUAAGAAAUAAAUGAAUCCUUAGUAGUUUGUAUGUAUUGUUUUUAAAACGAUUUGUUCUGAACAUUGUGAUACUAUGUUAGUAUGUAUUUAUAAUACUUUGUAAAGUUAUUCUUGUUGUGCAAUAUUGUGUGUAUAUAAUGUUUUAUUGUUAUUAAAGAAAUUCUACAUGUUUUAUUCGUUACAAUUUAAUAUUAGGUGAAAUAAAUUAUUUGUAUGAACAUCAA